GGGAGUUUGAUAAGCGUAUCAGAAGCCUGUUAGUCUGCUAUGGGGCAUGUGUAUUGGCCAAUAGAAACAUAGAGGGGGAGUGUGUUCAAGCCCGGUUGAGAGGUAUCCGUGAGAAGAAGGAAAGUUUAAUGAACGGAGCUUAAUUUGAAAAAUAAUGGCACAGACAGCCAGACCUCUGACAGGAGUUUUGAAUCAUGUAACUAAGACACAUGGAGGAAAUUUUCUUGUGGCCAUCAAACAAGAGAAAGUGAAGAUGCCACGAACUAGUGGAGACAAGAAUGCUGGGAAUGAGGAGGAGCCAGUUAAGAAGAGGGGGUGGCCAAAAGGAAAGAAGAGAAAAAAGGUUCUUCCCAAUGGACCCAAAGCCCCAGUCACGGGUUAUGUUAGGUUUUUGAAUGAACGCAGAGAACAGAUCAGAAGUCAGCACCCAGACUUGCCAUUUCCAGAAAUCACAAAGAUGCUGGGAGCUGAGUGGAGCACCUUGCCAGCACCAGAGAAGCAGAAAUAUCUUGAUGAGGCAGAGAAGGACAAGCAGCAGUACAUGAAGGAGCUCAGGGAGUACCAACAGUCUGAAGCAUACAAGGUGUGCACAGAAAAGGUCCAGGCAAAAAAGAUUAAAAAAGAGGAAACCAACGUGUCCACCCAUGUUACCACCUUGUUGAAUGGGCACGCACAAAACAGCAAAGAUCUUGAGACUGAUGCAUUCCCCACAUGUGAUGUACCCAUUUUUACUGAAGAGUUUUUGAAUCAAAAUAAAGUCCGUGAAGCAGAGCUGAAACGACUACUCAGGAUGAACGUGCAGUUUGAGAAACAGAAUAUUUUAUUACAACAGCGUACUGAGACUAUGAGCUGUACCAAAGAGUUGCUGGAACAGGAGCUGGCAGAAGAAGAAGAGUUAGCUGUUACGCUCCAGCAGCAUUUGCAGACUGUUCGUCAAAUCCUUCUGACCAGUUUUUCCUCCAUGCCCAUCCCAGGUACUGGUGAGACAGCAACACAAGGAAAUCUUGAUGUGUACAUGGCUAAACUUCACACGAUGAUUGAGGAAAAUCCAUCUCGGCAUGAGAACCUGGUGACCCGCAUAAAAGAAGUUUUGUCUAAGAUUGACAUUGAUAAGCUGUAAGAUCUUAAGACCAGCAACCCACUUCUCCAUAGAAAACAUCGGGACUUUUAUCAACCCUUCUGACUUAAUGAGCAAUGAAUGGACGUAGGAACUUGUUUGCAUGUCUUUUUUUUAGCAAUCUCAAUUGUUCUAGGGUAGCGUCUUGUUGACUUACUAAAAUUGACCCAGCUUCCAUCACUUUUAUUACCAUUAUGCUGGAAGUCCUUAAGAACACAAUCCCUGGGUAAUAAACACGAUUACUGUAGUAUUGCACAAAAGGUCAAUUGCUGGUUUCGUGCUGACAUUAACAUCUCUAUUUUUUUUGUUUAUCCUUGUGUUUUGUGACUUUUUCUUAACAAAGAAUGACAUUUACAUAAUUAUUCUUUACAGUCAGUAGUAUCCUUAGCAGCC